AUGUCCUCUAGAUACGGUGAUCGUGCACCUGCACGUAGCUAUCGUGACUUGGAUCGGGAUCGGGAACGAGAUCGCAGAAGCGUGAGUCCUUCUAGACGUGGAUACAAUCAGGAUGAAAGAGAAAGAGAUGGAAGGAGAAGAAGGGAUCCUUCUCCUCCCACACGACAAGCAAGAAGGGAUGAAGAAGAGCGUAAACAGAAACGACAAAAAGAGAAAGAAGAAGAAGAAGAGCAGCAAGUAUCACUGGCAGCUGCUGAUGCUAAAGCAAAGCAAGAACUAGAAGAAAGAGCUCAAAAUGGCAAUGAAGAUGAAGACGAUAUGAUGAAAGCGAUGGGAUUCGGUGGAUUCGGUACAACAAAGAUGGUAAAAAAGUACAAGGCAAUCAAGCGGGAACGGCAGAAGUACGAAAAGAGAGAACAUGGAGACAAUACAUGCAACGAAAAGGUGGAUUUAAUCGACCAUUGUCACCAGUUCGCAAAGGAUAGAUCAGUGGAGACAUGCAAAUGCAGAUGGAUGAUGUCAGCCAAGACGUUCAAGUUGGAAACCGUUGGGAAGCCAUCUUUGUCCGAUUGGUUCAUGAUACGUCAAGCGAAGGAUCUUUCAGUGGAUCAUAUUGAUUUGCAAAACAAGUAUUCAACCCAUCAAAGUGGUUUGGUAAGGCAAGUCAUCAUGAUUGCCGCUGGCUAUUGUCCACCGCUUGAACAGUUCAAUGCGAUCAUUGCGAACUUGGACGUGAUCAUCAGCUUUGCAUUCGUUUCAUCACACGCACCUAUACCUUAUGUUCGACCUCAGAUCUUCGAAAUGGGCAAGAAUGCCCCUAUGAUCGUCAAAGAAGCACGUCACCCGUGCCUCGAAGUGCAAGACGAUCUUAACUUCAUUCCGAAUGACGCUGAAACGGUCCCCGACGAGAGCAAAUUCUUGGUGAUCACAGGUCCUAACAUGGGAGGAAAGAGUACAUACAUUCGAUCGAUCGGAAUCAUCGCUUUGGUGAGUCAAGCAGGUUGUUUUGUAUCAUGUGCUCCAGGUGCAAAAGUUCCGAUAUUCGAUGCUAUCCUUGCUCGUUUUGGAGCAGGUGAUAAUCAAACAAAAGGUGUAUCGACGUUUAUAGCUGAAAUGUUGGAAACAUCUACGAUCCUGCGAUUGGCAACACGUGAUUCUCUUAUCAUCAUCGAUGAACUCGGUCGUGGAACCUCAACGUAUGAUGGUUUUGGUCUGGCAUGGAGUAUUUCAGAAUUCAUCUCUUCAAAGAUUCGCAGCAAAUGCCUCUUUGCAAGCCACUUUGCUGAAACUGUCGCAUUGGCAGACCAGAUUAAACAUGUGCAAAACUUACACUGUAAGGUUCAUGUUGAACCACGUCACGACUCGCAAGCAUUAGAGAAGGAAAGCGAAAUCACACUGCUAUACAAAGUAGAGCCGGGAAUUUAUGAUCGCAGUUACAAUAUUCAUGUAGCUGAAUUGGCCGGGUUCUCUCCCAGUGUGAUCAAGUUAGCCAAACGCAAAGCAGAUGAAAUGGAAGACGUUGACGGGGAGAUUUCUCCACUGCUCACCGUGCAUGCGAAAAGUACGGAAGAGGGUAUGGAGAUUAUUGAAGAGUUCAUGCGUGCUUUCGCUUCCAACAAGAGAAUGCGUUCGGAUGGUACGGAGGCCGAAUCUCUUUCAUUUCUUGUUGCUGAAUAUCGUGAACGUUGCGGCGAGAAUGCUUUUGUACAAAAAGUGUUAGAGAGCUUGUAG